AUGAAACUAGCAAAAUGUUUUCAACAAAAUAUCAAAAACAACAGUAAAAUAUUUUUAAAAUUAUUUGUAUUAAUUAAUUUAUUUUCAACAACAAUAUUCUGUCAACUUGUAAAAAUUGAAGAAGAAGAAAACUGUAAUCCAAAACAAUUUAAAUUAACAAAACAUCCAACAUUAAAUACUUCCUAUUUUGUAUGUAAUGAAAAUGGAAAUUUGGAAAAACAUGACUGUCCAGAUGAAAAAAUAUUUAAUAUUAAUAUUUUGGGGUGUGAAGAAGGAGGAAGGACUGAUCAUGGGGAAUUUCAAAGUGAAGGGUUAAUUGAUGGACAGACAUCUUUAAAGAAGCAAAACACAAACAGUAAUACUACAACCACCAACAUUUCAACUCAAACCAACAAUACUGAUGAAGAAAAUGUGUUGAAGGAACCUCAGUUUCAAGCUCCAGAUGAUAUUUGUUCUGGUGCAAUUCCACUAACUAAGCUUGGAGCACCUGUGAUGUGUAAUCCAAGCAUUUCAAGUUGUCCUGAUGGUUUUCUUUGUACAUUACAUCAAAGAACUGGAACUUCUUAUUGUUGUCAAGCCUCUAUUGAGUCAAUUGGACCUGAAGGAGGACAAGGAAAUAUUCCUUUAUGUUCUGGAUUGCAAGUGACGUUCUUUGAAACAUUUUCUGGCUUACCCAAAACUUGUUCCUUAACUUCACCUUCUGGUUGUCCAACAGGUUUUGGAUGUAAUUUGGUUGAUGGAGCUUUUACUAGAUGCUGUGGAAGGGAUUUUGGAUGUCCGGCAAAUUCGGGUUUUUAAUUUAAUCUUUUUUGAAAAUUGUCGGGGCCUCAUUAUAAGGUCAUUAUAGGGUUUUAAAAUGAUACCUUUAUAAUAGAUACCUGCAAUAUAAGGUAAACUUCUAUUUAAGAUACACCUCAUUAUUAUAAAAUUUUUCCUGCCCCAAGGGUUCUAUUCUUUAAUGAUGUUCUACUUUAAUAUUAUAUGUUUAUUUAGCUGGUUUUGUUCACCCAACAACUGGUUCACAUGUUCAAUGUAAUUCUGCGGAUCCACUUUCUUGUCCUAAUGGAUUUAUUUGUACACAGUCUUCAAUGUUUAAUACCGGAAUUUGUUGUUCUGACACUUCAAAUGCCCCGAUCGAUGUUUGUGGAGGUGAAUCGCCCUUGCCUAGGCCAAAUCCUUGUUCUGCCUCUGAUC